CUCGACCACACACUGGACGACAAUGUCCGCGCCUAUUCAUCAAAUACCGACGAUUCUCAUCAAAUACCUACGGCGGACAUUGGUGCCCUUAAUUCGCUCCCCCCCGAGCUUCAUCACAAAAUCCUCGGCCAUCUGGACAUCCGCAGCCUUAAAAACUUCAAGCUCGUAAACCGCCAAACCUCCUCCAUUGUAGACUCCUGCCUUCUAUACCAAGAACUCAAGGAAAGCGCACCAAAUGUGAUUUGUGGAAUCCUAUCCACCAAAUCAGAGCAUUGCACGCCGAUUAAUAUCCUCUACCAAAAACUCUGCACUCCAACCUGCGACCGCUGCUGGGGCGAAAACGGCGCCUACUUCCAUCUCCUCACCCAACAACGCCUCUGCCACCGCUGCCUAUUCCGCUACUUCUCCUACAUCCCCCUUACAAAAGCCGACGCCAUACUCAAAUUCGGCCUCGAGCCAAAAGUCGUAGAUUCCCUUCCCUGCAUUCGCAGCCACCCAGGCAAAUACGGCAAC